AUGAGUCGUGCGAUAAUUGCAGAGAAGGCUACAUUGGCGUCUGAGCGGGCGAAGGAGUUUAUUACGGGUGGUGGUGGCAACAUUGUGUCACGGGCCCGCUCACUCAUCUCAGGGGAUGCACAGUUCUUCUCGGUGCAGCCGAAGUUGGAGGAUCUGCGUCAUCACCUCGAUUCCGACUCACUUCAAGAGAAGCGAAGCGCGAUGAAACGUAUCAUUGCGCAGAUGUGCAAAGGGAAUGACAUGUCUAAUCUUUUUGCCGAUGUAGUGAAGAACAUCCACACCUCGUCGAUUGAAUUACGGAAGCUUAUUUAUUUAUACAUCACACACUAUGCAGAGGACCGCCCCAAUGAGGCACUUCUCUCCAUCUCUGCCUUUCAAAAGGAUUUGAUGGACCCAAGCAUGCAUGUACGCUCCCUCGCUCUGCGGAUGCUUAGCACAAUACGUAUUCCUGCCAUCCAGCCACUGGUGUUGCUUGCGGUAACGAAGUCCGCCUCGGACUCGGAGCCAUUAGUGCGAAAGACGGCUGCUAUUUCUCUUGCUCAAAUGCACGCCAUUAGUACCAAUGAUGAAGAUAGUGAGACGGUGCAUAAACUUCUGGGGCAACUUUUGGCCGACAAGUCUCCAGAAGUUACAUCGGCAGCUGCGCUCUCUUUUAUUGAGAUAUGCCCGGAUGAGAUGGGCCUUAUUCAUGCCGUUUAUCGUGAUCUCUGCCGCUCACUUUUGGACUGUGACGAGUGGGGACAGGUGGUGCUUCUUCAUGUGCUUCUGCGUUAUGCACGAACACAGUUUAUGGACCCUAACAUUUCUUCCAAGCCGUGUUUAACGAAGCAUACACGCAAAGAAAAGGAGAAGGAUAGCCUCAAAAAACACACGGCUGAUACGAAGAAGUCCUCAACAACAUCCUCUUCUUCUUCAUCUUCUUCCUCCUUGUCCUUAACGUCUUGUACGGAGUCUUCGUCCGAUGCGAUUUCCCGGGGAAACGGCCACGGCUCUCAAAAAAGUAUCGAUUUUCUUUUGGACGCCGAUCAUCGCCUUCUUAUUGAUUCUGUAAAGCCACUUUUUAUGAGUCUUAACAGCGCUGUUGUAGUGGCGGCCACCUCAUUGUUUUAUCAUUGCGCCCCUAGUGUUGAAUUGGAUGUGUGUGUUCGACCGCUGCUGCGUUUACUUGGGGGCCCUGAAGAGCAACAUGCCAUUGUUCUUAGUGCCAUAUAUACUGUUGUGCUGUCACGUCCAGAGCCAUUUGUUCCGUACAUUAAGGAGUUUUAUCUUCUUCCGCACGACGUGAGUGAUGUGCGGGAGCUUAAACUGCGCAUCAUUUCCAAACUGGCUACCAAAGAUAAUUUCAUGGAACUUUUUCGGGAGUUCCGCGUGUAUGUUCGCAGUUUCCAUCUGGACAACGUUGUUGAUGCGGUACGAGGGCUUGGACUAAUUGCGGGACGGUUGCCGAAAUGCGCCCCACAAGUGAUGCGGUUGUUGGUUCCUCUGAUUUCUCACCAUAAUGCAGAGGUGGUGUCAGAGUGCAUCUCGGUUUUACGUCUGCUUGUCAUUCAGGGAGGUGACAAGACCCGCACAAGUCAGUUGGUGUAUCGGUUGCUGCAGCAGGUGGUGAAGGACGAGAUUACGGUGGAAUCUGCAAGGGCCAGUAUUCUUUGGCUUGUGGGGGAGAACAUUCAGCGUCAUGUGGCCAUUGCUACCGCGGCACCGGAGUGCUUUCGAGUGUUUGCGAAGAGGUUUUCACAGGAGGGUUUAGAUGUGAAGAAGCAGGUCCUAAUGCUUGGCUGUAAGAUUUGGCUUUUUCUAGACGGCAGCAGUUCGAUGGCCGAUCGCUUUUGCAAACUUUUCUUUUAUGUAUUGGAGCUUGCCCGGUUUGAUGAGGAUUACGAGGUGCGGGACUGCGGUCGUUUAAUUCAAUGCGCUGUGAAUCGUCAGAGUGACACAUUUGCGGCGCUGAAGCACGUCUUGCUGAGUGAGAAGCCGUUGCCGCAGUCGAAUGACCCGUACGUUGAGCGCACGCACUAUCAGCUUGGCACCAUGUCGCACCUUUUCGGCAACUCCCUCUUCGGUUACCGCAAGCUGCCGCCGUGGUCGGAGGUUCCAACGGACCCAAUGCUGCGUGGACCCCAAGCCGCUGGGUACGACGACGACGAUGAUGAUGAUGGUUCAUCUCGCGACUUUGACAGUGAUGCCUCCUCGACACUGUACAGCAGCUACAGCGAAACGAGUUCACCCGCCGAUGGGGAGAGUAGUCUUGACUCGUUGCAAUCUGCGUCUUCUGCGGAAUUUUGUAGUGAAAAGGACGAGGAAGGGGAAUGGGGUGAGAACACCCAGCGAUCAUCCUCAUCAUCAUCAUCAUCGCCUGCCUCCUCGGUGACAUCUGGGGCGGAUGUGGCCGUCGCCGCCGCGACGACGGUGAAAUGCGACUCUACUAAACGUGUGAGUUGCCACGUCGAUCCCGUCACGAUACCCGUAACAGGAGAAAAGACGAUGGGCGUGUGCGCUCAUUGCAGCGCUACGCCUACGGGAACGGAUGAAUUGAAGCAGGACGAAGGGAUAUCCACCGCGGAUGUUUUGCAGGUGACACCCCCACGUGACACUGCGGGGGCCGUUAGCACGGAGGCGGAUGCAUCACACCCUUCGCCACGGCCGGAGCCGUCAAUGAAGGAGCCGCGAGGAGGCGAACACGAGGAGAAAAUGUCAGGGGAUGAAAUAUAA